AGAAAAAAAGGCAAUCAAUUAAUAUUCUCACCAUACUUGACAUCUGGUUUUUGUGCUGGCUGAAGAGAUGUUGUGGACACAGAAAACAGACACAUGGGUCCGUUGGGGGGAGUCAAACCAUUUUUUAAUUUUCUGGCUCCCAGCCCUAGCCUUCUAUUUUAGUCUAGUCUGGUCUAGUAUAGUCUAGUGUUUGUUUCCAUGCUACAAUCCCUACACUGCUGAUUAAAUCCCACCCAAAGACCUUUGCUUUGAGCUGCAUCGAUCUGGGGCUGUUUGCUUUGCCUGAAGCAAAGGAACAAAGAUCACCAUUUUGUCCUUCCCUAGGUGCAGCCAUGACAUCCCUGCUGUUGCUGCUGUUGCUGCUGCUGAUCUUUGUGGUUCUUAUUCCAGGGCAACCAUUCUGGGUGAGACUCCUGGGGCAUCCAUUUAACACCCAUUUGAUUUCUCUUUUCUCCCCACCCCCUGGCUUUUUGCUUAGGUCUCCCUCCUAGGCCCAUGAUAAUUUAUCCCAAAAAUCUCAUUCCCAUUUUAACAUUUCUACAGCUUGCCCAAUAAGAGUGAUAAUACAUUUGUCCCAUGUUAGAAGGAUGUUGGAAUGAAAUAAUGCGGUUUUACCAGAAAUGCUAUAAAGGAUUAAGGAAAAAUAGAUUGCUAAAUGAUGAAGGAGGGAAAGUAAAGUUACAUUAUAUUAAGAUAGAAUAGAGGACAAAAACUGGAAAAGAUGGAAAGGAUUUGCUGAAAUAGCUAAUUGAACUAGAAUACAAAAAAGGGAGGUGUGAGGAGGUCAAGGAAAUAAGCAAAUGACAGAUAAGUUAUGGGAAGAUUUAUUGUAUUUUUUCUUUUUUUCUUGUUUUUUUUUUAUUAUCGUGAUGUGACGUUUUGUAUUUCUUAAAUAUGCUGUUUUUUAAUUAUUUCUUUUUGUAACCCUUUAAAAUUCAAUAAAUAUUAUUUUUUUUAAAAAAAGAUAAUACAUUUGUCCCUGUGUCCCUAUUUUCCAGGGACAGUCCCGGAUUUACAGAGGCCACCCCGGUUUCUGAUUUGAUCUCAUAAUGUCCCACUUUUCCUUAGGAUGUCCCUAUUUUCAUCAGAAAAAUGCUGGAUGGUAUGUUAGGGUGUCCCUUUUUUCAUUAGCAAAAUGUUGGAGGGUAUGGAGUUAUCCAACACCAAAGCCAUCAGAAGGCAGUCCUGUAUAGGGAAGUUUUUUUAAAUCUAGUGUUGCAUUAUGUUUUUAUAUAUGUUGGAAGCCACACAGAAUGGCUGGGGCAAUUCAGUCAGAGGGAUGGGGGUAUAAAUAGUAAAAUGAUGAUGGAAUAGGACGUCCCAAUUUUCAUCAGAGAAAUGUUGGAAGGUAUGUGAGGGCCUCCAGCAAGGAAGCGAAGCAGGAGGUAGUCUUGGUUGGUAAACUAUUCAGGGUGAGAUAGGCUUCAGGAAGGGCCCAGAGUCAUGGAGGCCAAUGUGCAGUGCUAGCACCCCACCACCACCUCAGAUCCAUCCUAAUAGUUUGGGCCUAACCCUCUGCAUUUGUGGGGCUUGUGAGUUGCCACUGUCUGGACUAAGAUGCAAAGGCCUAGGCAACUCAAGCACGGUGUGAGGAAGGAACUGUGAUGCCUGAUUCAUUUCAGUGGCUUUUCUGGUGGAUUGCUUUAUUACACAACGAGUGCAUAGCUGUUUCUCAAUUGUUCCAGGGAACCCCAAAUGCCCACCAGGUAGGAACUCUGCUUCCUCAGCACUCAGACCAUUGUAUCUUGUUGAGUGGGAUAUGUGGUUCACCCACCCACUGCUUGAAGUCAAUUUGCGAAACCAUGGGAGCUCUGUGAGUUAGUGGCAAGCAACACAUUCCAUUCCCUUCCCAAUGCCUGCGCAAAAUGAUGUGAAAGAUUUUAAGAGCUUCAUGUUUAUUUUUCUGGCUUUAGAGGACAAGCAGUCCCCCUUUGCUGCUCCCAAGGGAGUCCCAGUGUAGCCAUGGGGGGAGAGGGAAAUCUCCCCUAUGCGUGCCCCCCCAACCCCUAAAAUCUGGGAAACUUGUGCAAGGCUGCUUCCUCCCUCACAGAACUGCCUCAGCCAUUUUUGCACUACCCCCUCCCCAAAAAAUGUAUAUAUAGGGUAUGUGUUUCCUUCUGCACAGGAAACAUGUCUAUUGUUCCAUUUAAAACAGAAAGCAGCUGACAAGCCGUCCUUCAGGGUUGCUACAACCCCCCAUCUCACACAUGCUUUAUGGUACAUACUCAUAAGAGUGAGAGGGCUCCCACUCACUCCUGUCAUCCCUCUUUUGGGCUGUGUGUGUAUCAGUACAUCAGGGUAACCAAUGCUGAUUCCACCUCCCAGCAUUCCUAGCAAGCGAGGCAAAUGGUUAGGGAUGCUGGGAAUUGUACCUGCAAGCAACAUGCUGGCAACCCAGAUGCAUACAUUAUGUAAGAAUAGAAGCCAUUCCUUUUGCCUUCAUUCCCAUUCUGCCUUCAAGUUACCAUUUCGUCAUGGGUCUCGGCCCUCAGCUGGAAGGAAGAGGAAAUUUCCUACCACCUUGUAAUAUUACAAUUGGCUGUGCACGAGUUUUAAAUUCCCUCCCCGACCCUCUCUCUCACACUCAACUUUUAUACCUCCAGUUUACAGGCAUCCCUAAGGAUUUUUAGACAGAUUUUACUUAUUUGCUAAGGCAUGACAGCUUCCGAAACAAUGACACAAUCAGUCAACACACACUGAAAAUAAAAAAAUGCAGAAUAAGUAUGAAAACUAGGGCUUCAUUUGAAUUGAUUAACUGAUUAAAUACUUUUUAAAAACAAAACAAAUUAUUUUCUAAGCACAAGUACUUAUAAAAGCUGCAUAUGGCAUGCACCCCACAUUUCAUACACAGGAGAAGAUACCUUUCCUAAGACGAUGCUUCGUACAAAACACAUGAAUAUAAUCUAAAAACAAAAAAGUGGAAGCUUUUGGCUUCAGAGCCAUGAUUCAUAUAUAAAUUUAGGCUAUAAACACUUCGCUGGGAUUAAGUUGCACUGACCUCUGGGGCUUACUUCUGAAUAGACCUAUCAAGCACCUCACUGUUAAUUGAUUAAUCAACUAACCCAAAAUUAUGAUGAAUAAACAGAGAUUUCUUUAAUCAGACACUUCCGGGUCACAUGGCCAGCGUGACGAAGCUGCAGCUGGCGAGCCAGCACCAGCGCAGCACACGGAAACGCCGUUUACCUUCCCGCUAUAAAGUGGUACCUAUUUAUCUACUUGCACUUAAGAGUGCUUUCGAACUGCUAGGUGGGCAGGAGCUGGGACCGAAAAUUACAAAAAUUACAAAUCACAAAUAAAAUUCAUUAAAAGGGUAGCCUGCCUCUCACACUAUCCCUUUACAUUUUAGAGGUGUUGUAGAAUGGAAAAGGACAGAUAAUUUAUAAAUUGUUUAUAUUACUUUCAAAAAUGGUCUAAAAGCUUUCAAGGAUGCAUAUGCUAUACAGAAUAUAUGUACCGGUAUAUGUAGAAUAGAGAGGCUCACUUGAGCCUUCUGGGACCAGUUGAAUGCAAGCCCCAAAAGGGCCUUUAAGGUGUUUAUGUCCCAGAACAGAAAAUGGUAUGUUUAAACUAUGCUGCAACACAUCUGUUUUCUUUUCCGGGUAGGAUCUGCAUGGCCGGCCAUUUAGGAGGAUUCAUGAAGGUGAGUUUCAACUUUGUGCUUGUGCCAGUGAAAGGAACAGUAGCCACAACAUGAGCUAUGCCUUCCAAGCACAUUCAAAGCAUUCCCUGCCCCCAAGAAUAGUGGGAACUUUAGUAUGUUAAGGGCACUUGGUUGUAGCUCUGUGAGAAUCCAGGAUUAAUUUUAUGUGGUUUUUUUCUUUAAAAAUGUUUAGGGGUACUCUCAUUUUGACUCAAGAAAAAUCACCAUUUUAUAGUUCAAAUUGGGGGAAAUAAAUACAGUAAAUGGACAAAAGUACAAAGAUUCACAAAAUGUUUAGGCGUAUGCAUACCCCUGCACCCCCCCCCAGAAAAAGCACGGUUUUUAUGUGUUUUGAAUGUGCUGUAAAAGUAUGUUGUGUACACAGCCUAGGAUUCCAAGAUCCUACGGUCCUACCCAGAUCACCAAAGAAAGGAGGCAUUAUCCCCUCUCUCCCUGCCUUCUAUUGUCAGGUGAAAGACUAUUGCACUACUUACGUGCAAAGUAGUGCAAUAGUCUUUCACCUCGCAAUAGAAGUGAAGGAAUGGGAGGCUGGUUUCAGGAUUAAUAACCAUGCCUGGGAUGGAAGAGAAUUGGUUAUUUCCCUGCAACAGAAGUGCUCAUUUGAGGAAAGAAGCCUAUGUCCAUGGCACAAUUGCAUGAAAAGUGUAGGUGUCUUCUAUCAGCUUAGAAGGCACAUGGAUGUGACCAGAAGCAGGGGCAACUCCUGCCAGGUGGCCAGGCAGGACAGAAGUGUGAUUUGCCAGCAUUUAUAUUAUUGCACACCACCUCAAUCUCCAAGCGGUGCAAGAGCCCAGGGAUCCCAGGGUUUGUGUUUCCUUUUGGGAGUGAGGCACAGCAGGGACAGUGCUGUCUUUAUGAUACAUGGUUUAUUUACACAUAUAUACAACCUGAGCCUACAAUGGAGGGGUUCAUAACAUCAACACCCAAAAGGGUCUUGUUUCUCCCAGAGCCGCAGCCUUGGAUUCAAACAGAAAGCAAACAUGGCUCUCAAGUGUUCCUCUGACUCUCUCUCCAACUUAUGCUUUACCUCUCAGUCACAUCGCUGCAAAACUCAGCCUUUGGCCACCUUGCCAUCUUGCACAGAGACGCUUUUCCUUUGUUCUCUGAAUGGCCCACCCAGGUAAUCACCUCAGCACAGCAAGUCAGCCUGGUUUAUAAUUUAACAAUUGCUGGUUCCAGGGGUUAGAAGGGUCUCUGCUCCCCCCAUCCAAACUCAUAACCAUAUUUCUGAGCCUGUAUCCUCAGUGGAAGCAGCCCAUUUAUUUUUUGCCUUGCAGAGACAGAACUCAGUGAGCACGAGCCCUGCCAUUUCCCUUUCCGCUUCCAACGCGAAAUGCACCAUUCUUGCAUCCCGAGUUAUUCCAUAUUUCAUAAGCACUGGUAAGCUUCUCUUCUUCAUGAGAAAGAGUCGUAUGGGGAGUACAAACAGUAGAACAUGCUAGGGAAAUGGGGACGCCGGACUUUGAGGUGGUAUGUGGGGAAAGACAUGAUGGCCUGCAGCUUCCCGCUUUGGAUUAGGCCCAGCUUCUAGGUUUUCCUUCCAUGACUCAAAACGUUUCUCCGUCAGGUGCGCCACCACAGAGAACCUCGACCGAGAUGGGAAAUGGAGGUACUGUGGGAAAGAGGAGAGGCCAAGAGGUGAGUCGGUAGGGGGAAGUGGGAAUGAAAGAAUCCGUUCGAACCACAGCAGGCAGUGAGGGGAGAAGCUUCACCAGGGUGUGCAAGCGCCCCCACCCCCGGUUGUUUAGCCUAAAGUGAUGCUGGUCCUCAAGAAAGCAAGAAAUAAAUUUGUACAGCCUCCAGCGCUGCCAGUCUUUACGACCAGCAGCAUGCAGCAGCCAGGCCUUACUCCAACAUCCACGUAGCCCAUGGGCUGAAAAGCUCAGGCCCACUGGCCAAACACAGAAUUAUCCUCAGCCCUCAGGGCUCUUCCUGGGCUAAGCCACACCUGCUCUCCCUAAGUCAAACCCCUCACAAUCCCUCCUUCACACUCUGUGUUUUUGCCCGGCUUAAAUGUGCCCUUGAACUCCGAGAACGCCUCUUGCUUGUCUGGAUGGAGGAUAGCGAGGGGUGUGUGAAUGUGUGUAGAAGCCAACCUACUAUACUAAGGGCAAAAUUCAUUUGUUCCAGCCACUUUUCCCACUCACCACUGGCAUGUGACCUUCACAGAAUCACAGAAUUGUAGAAUUGGCAGGGACCCUGAGGAUCAUCUAGUUCAACCCUCUGAAGAGAACAUAACUCUUGGACUGAAAAAAAUUCUCUAUCCCCAACAUAGCCCAAAGCCUGAGACUUCCAGCCAUUACUGACUAUUCGAUUUAUUUAUUUUUUGGCAGGACACUGUGACCCUAACCCAUGCCAGAACGGUGGGGACUGUGAAGCUAGGCGAAUGGGAUUCCAUUGUAUCUGUGCAGCUGGCUUCCAUGGGAAACACUGUGAGAAAGGUAUCUGAGGCUGGUUCCUGGAACUAUAGCACAUGGAGACCUGGCCUUGGAUAUCUGCCCUCUCUCCCCGGCACCCUGGUCAACUUAAAAAGGUCUUUACUCUGGAGCAAACCUGAUCUCAUGUCUCUUGCCUGAGACUGAGAACAUCAAGCAACAUGGCUGACAGCCAUGCCUCCAUUACGAAAGGGGCUGGUGGACCUCCAGAACCUCACAGUGUUAGGUUGGGUAACUCUUUUUACUCCUGGUACAUAAAAACUCAGUAUGGAGAUUAUUAAGGACCAUGACAUCAUAUUGGCACAUAUGGUGACCUGGCUGUUUUCACACCCAUGAAUCAACCUUUGCCAACUUGAUGCCCUUCAGAUGUUUUGAACCACAGCUCCUAUCUGUGCUCUGGUCCAUAACACCCCAUCAUUUUAUUUUGCAGAAGACUGCUUUGGAACUAAAGGACUGCAACACAUUGGCAGGAAGGACACCUGGGUGCGGCACCGGCCUACUGGACCAGAGGAGUGCCAUUGCGCAAGGAAGAAGCUUGUCUGCAAACCCAUGCAUGGAAAGGGUCAGAGCUGAGCAGAAGUUGACAUAAAGUGAGGAGGGGUGGGUGGGGCAAAACAAGGCAGACAGAUGGGAUAAGACUACCCUGUGUGGUCACUACAUUGCCUGGGCUUCAUUUGAAAUAACUAUCAACAAGGGUAAUAGUUUCUAUUUCACUUCCUCGACAAAGACAGACAACACAAAGUGUCAUCACUGAGUAUUGCUCACUAUAUCAUAUCUAGAUUUCUGAUUUUUCACUGGAUAAAAUUAAGCAUUGCACACAAGUGCAUGUAACAAAUCUUCAAUAAUUAAAAACCAAACAAAACCAGAAAAGGUGCUUGUGGAAACUUUGAUUUGGAGUGGAGGAUGGGGGUGUUGCAGGGAGAUGCACAAACCUUUCUUUGCCUGCCUGUUAUUUUUCUGUUCCAGGGGCUCCGGGAGCACCUUUUCCUUUAGAAAAAUGAAAAAAAGGCUGCUAGCAUUUUGUUACAUGCAUCUGUAUGUAAUGUUUAGUUAGGUCCUUGGUAUCCCAGCGAUGCUGCAUCUAAAAGGCUUGAGACGAAGUCUUUUCAUGCCCAUCCUUGGCUGCAGCCACUGUAAUUUUAAAAUGAUUAGAACUCCUAUAAUCUUUUGAACCUUAUCAAAACAAAUAUAAACUCCUCCAAGGAGGUAUCUUUGUAUUGUUGUAAUGAGGGUUCUUACUCCAAUAUCCUCAUCAUCCCUAGAGCCUGCAAUAUAGUAAUGGUACAUGAGAUUGGAUCCAGUCUAUGUUAAGAGUGCAUUCCUAUAUAUGCCUACACAGAUGUAAGUUUCAUUGAUUUCCAGUGAGGCUUACUCCCAGGAAAGUUGGUACAGGAUUGCAACCUUGGUUGAACUUAGGUUCCAUUGAAAUCAAUAGAAUGAGUGAUGUUUGACUAUUUGCCAAUGGAUUUCAAUGGGAACUAAGUUCAACUAACAUGUUCUGGCUUCAACCCACAGAGAUCAUAGUCCUGCAUUUUAAGCCCAACACAAUAUGUAUUAUUUUAAUCAAAACACAAUUUUAAAGAAAUCAUAACACAUUAGAGCCAUGGCUCACAGGGAAUUUCACCAGAGACUGUUUUCAAUGCGAGACUUGAGUCUGAGGGCUCAUCCAUGCUUCCUCUUGUCCUGCUGCUUUCCUCCCCCCAAAAUUCCACUCUUAGAAAAACAUGUUCCCUCCUGCCUCUGUGACUAUAAAAGCUGCUUGAUAUUCAUAUCUCUAUCACCGAAUCCUUUCACAGCUUGGAAAUAAGCAGUGUCUCAUGCUAACCGCUGCAGAUGAAACAACUUUUAAAGGCAUGGACAGAAGCAGAAGCCAGUCAUUGGACCUGAAACGUUAAAACUAAAACAAAUGUGCUGUAUGGGUGGCCCAAACCAAAGCCAACUCCCAUGCAUUUGGAAUUAGGAAGAAUGGCUUCUGGGGACCCAGCAAUGCUGGUGCCUGCAUUAUAGGUGGUGGACUUGUCUCAUAAUGCACAAGGCAAAGAUGAAAGAUGGGCAUAGAGAGGUAAUCUUGUCAUGACAGAGCACAAGGAAUGCAGCUGUCACACUGUAUAUGGAACGAGGAGAGAUAGGAUUAUUCCUUAGUUGAUGGGUCAGCAGGUCAAAAACAUCAUAGCAGGGAAGGGAAGGAGUAGGCUGUUAAGCAGAUACUAGACUGAUGGAGUCUCAACUGCACUGUUAAUUCUUGAGCCAGACCUUGCUCUCAGUUGUCUCUGAGGGUCUAUAGCUCAUUGGCAGAGCAGAUGCAUUGAAUGCAGAGGGUUCCAGGUUCAAUCCCUGGCGUUGUUGUUGUUUAGUCGUUUAGUUUGGUCCGACUCUUCGUGACCCCAUGGACCAGAGCACGCCAGGCACUCCUGUCUGCUAUAAAAGAUCCCUGCUUAAAGAGCCUAGACUGGUGCUGCUGCCAGUCAGAGCUGAGUAAGGCAAUAUUGGGCUACAUGGGGCAAAACAGUCUGACCUCAUACAAGGCAACUUCCUGUGAUCUAUAUCACUUUCUCUGGCCCACAGCAUGCGCAACAAACCCUUGUAUGAAUGGAGGCCGCUGCCUAGAAGUGAAGCACAGCUCGGUGUGUAGCUGCCCUGAAGGGUUUUCUGGGCCACUGUGCGAUAUAGGUAUGCUUCUAUUUUUAAAAUAUUUAAGAAUCACACUUACAAAUCUUACAGUUCUAAGUGGUUUACAACAGAAUAAAAUGCACCAUGAAACUCAUAUCAAAAAUAGUAAAGUAGGAAAAUAUAUCAGUUUGCAUGUAUGCAUGUUUAAAACUGCCCAACUUUGAAAACCAGUGUUGGCUAAUGAAAUGGAAAAUGGGAACUGCUGCUGUUGGCAAAAAAAUAAUAAAAAGAUGCACACCGGGUAAAGUUACUUCCGUCACAUACCGUAUUUUUCGCUCUAUAAGAUGCACCAGACCACAAGACGCACCUAGUUUUUGGAGGAGGAAAACAAGGGGGGGGGGAUUCUGAAUCUCAGAAGCCAGAACAGCAAGAGGGAUCGCUGCGCAGUGAAAGCAGCAAUCCCUCUUGCUGUUCUGGCUUCUGUGAUAGCUGCGCAGCCUGCAUUCGCUCCAUAAGACGCACACACAUUUCCCCUUACUUUUUAGGAGGGAAAAAGUGAGUCUUAUAGAGCAAAAAAUAUGGUACUUAAUGUCCUAUUCUUCAAUUCUGAACAUUGUAUGUGGCCCUUGAACCGAAACAUAGAUUCCUCACCCCUGAUGCAAUAGUGAGAAGGGGCUGUUCUCUUUGGAGAGGGUAGACAGGGGCAUAAAAAUAUUACCUUAUUCAAAGCCUAACCUUUUUUCCAAAGCACCUGAGGGUCCCUGGUCUUUUUAUUCCCUAGAGCACACGCAAACCUGCUACAGAGAGAAUGGGCGGCUAUACCGAGGCAUGGCCCACUACACUGUCUCAGGGGCACCGUGCCUCCCCUGGGACUCCCCAUUCCUGUUAAAUGAGUACUCCAGCAGUAUGAACAACUCGUCCCUCUUUGGCCUGGGGCCACACGCGUUUUGCAGGUGAGAUAUAUUUUAGCAUGGGAAAUGGGGAUGCUUGUGACAGAACACAGGAAAUGUUAGUGAGAGGCAGCACCGGCUCUAUCAAUUGACAAAGUAAGGCAGCUGCCUCAGGCAGCAGAUGUUGGGGGUGGGAGUCAGGGAGUGGUGGCAUGGGAUUGAAGGACAGAGUAGUCUGUGCCACAUACCGUCUGCCCUGUGCCUCCUACACUAUGCUGAACCCCUUAGGUGCAGCAGCAGAUACUGUCCUGUUGUAAGCGCUGAAGUAUAAUUCAGCAGCUGUGAUUCCAGAUGGCUUUUGGAAGUGGGAGAGGAGCACCAUAUUGGCUUUUGCCUCAGGCAGCAAAAUGCCUUGGUCUGGCACUGGUUCAGAGGGCAUCUGGGGGAAAGUGUCCAGGUAUGGAAAGCGCCACAACUAACAUCCAAGAAGUAGAGCAGAUGAAAGGAAAUUGAAAUGCUAGGGGGUGAGGUGAGGUAAAGGAAUGCAGCUGGCACAUGGACAGGGGACAGAUGGGAGAUACACACAAUAAAAUUAUCAUUAUUAUUAUUAUUAUUAUUAUUAUUGAAGCAAGGUUGCUGAGCAUUGCCCUUGCUUAAGAGAGGACUGGGCCUUUUCUUUGUGCAGAAACCCAGACGGUGACAGCCGCCCAUGGUGUUAUGUGCUGCGCAAUAUGCAGCUCAGCUGGGAAUUCUGCAAUAUCACCAGCUGCCAUCCCCAAUAUACAGGUGAGGCAUACCAUUCGCUCUGGAAGAAAUGGCGUGUGUGGCUGAACCUGACAUGAAUGAGAGCUAAACUGUUUUCUCCCCAGAUACCAUGGCACCAACGGCAGCAGUACCUCUGGCAUCUUUGGAAAGAGAGUCAAUGGCUCCCAAGAAGCCUGAGAGCGUCAGGCCAACAGCUGGACCAAGCCAAACUGUCCCCAUCCCAGCUCCAGUGUGUGGGCUGCGCUUUCCCAAGACCACCACCUCCUCACGCAGUCGUGUAGUGAGAGGCAUGGUGGCACUUCGUGGCUCCCACCCCUACAUGGCUGCCAUCUACAUAGGGGAUCAAUUCUGUGGAGGAAGCCUCAUUUCUUCCUGCUGGGUCCUGACAGCUGCACACUGCCUAGAGUUCAGGUAAGUCUUACCAUCCAUCCCAAAGUCCACUGACACUGGGCUGGUUCCAGGCUACUUGAACAUAGUGCACAAUGAAAUCAGUGAAAGUUAGGUUGUGGCUAGCUUGCCCCACUGAGGUACAUUAGGCCAGAGUUUGGAAUGAUGGUAGAAAUCCUUAUCAGCUUGAUGGAGAUGACAGAGUGGUUAAUUUAUUGAUGGUCACUCGUUAAAGCUCUCCCCCCCCCCCCACUGCAUCCCAUGUUAUGUGGCCCAAUCCUAUGCCUGUUCAAUGAGACAUGUCUCACUAAGUUCAGUGAGAAAUACUACCAAGUUAGUGUGCAUAGGAUUGUUGGGAAACCUGCGUCCCUCCACAUGUUGUUUGACCACCACUUUCAUCCUCCCUGGCCGUUGGACAUGCUGGCUGGAGCUGAUAGGAAUUGGGAGUCCAACAACAUCUGGAGAAAACCAUGUUGGCUACACUAAAAUCUGGAGAAUCCUCUUCUGAGCCAUGAAAGACUCUGCUGACCACAGAUCUUGUACCAUAGGCCAGAUGUUUCCAAGAUUUCAGUGGUGCUGGGCCAGACCCAAUACAACAGAAGCACAGAUGGCUCCGUGAAGUUCCAAGUACAGAAUUAUCUACUGCAUGAGCAUUAUUCUGAGAUCACCAAACGCCAUGACAUUGGUGAGAGCCUUUUUUAUGUCCUGCACCCCCUCAUAACCACAAGGUAGCCAGACUUGCCUGAGCCCUCGUUGGCCACAACAACCAGUCCAAUCUCCGCUGCCCAAGUUGCUCAUGAAACAUUUUGGGGGCUCUAUAUGGCAUUCGACCUCACCAAGACCCACCCAGAAGAGCCCCUAGUUAGUCUUUCCAGACUUGUGUGUAUCGCUCAAGGACAUGAACUGCAAGGCCCUAAUCUGGUGCUGGGGGACCUGAGGCCCUCCAAAUGUUGUUGGACUCCAUCUCCCAUCAUCCCUGACAAUUGGCUGGAGCUGGUGGGAGUUGGGAGCCCAGCAAUAUUUGAAAGGCCACAGGUUGACCAUUUCUGCCAUGAACCAUGCCAUGCUGCCCCAGGAGGGAGUGGAAAAUGUGAUAUUGGAUUAUGGUGGGCCAGAAGUCUGCUCACCCGCCCUGGUGGUGGGAGUCUUCAUUCUAAGUUUCUUUUCCCAGCCCCAGUCCAGAGUCGAUCAAGGAAGACAAGGCUUUCAUCCACUCCUACCUGUCUGCCCGCCCACCCCUGCAAACCUCAUCCCUGAGCCCCAAUUCUAACCUGCUCUCUUGUACUCUCCCCAGCACUGGUGCGAUUGAAGGAGAAGACGCCAGGACACUGUGCUGAGUUGUCACACUCCAUCUUGCCAGUGUGCCUACCAAAUUCAACAGAGACAUUUGACACCAGCAAGCCAUGCCAGAUCGCAGGAUGGGGACAUAUGUAUGAAGGUGAGAAGGGAGUGGUCAGAUGAAGACAUGAUAUUUAAGCAGGCCUUAUUAUCCUUCCCUUAAACAUCCACGCCUGCUGGCUGGCCACCUGUUCCCACAGAGAGGGAGGGCAUGAUGCUGUCUCAUAUUCUUCCCUGCCCCUCCCUUAUCAGCCAUUUUUGAAAUCCCCACUCAUGUUGGAGGAGGAUAAACAAGGUGCCAGAUGGUGCCUACAAUUCCUUAGCAUCUUUUCCAUCUUGAUCUACCAUAUUGAGCAGGGUUUUUUCACUGAUCAGCAAAGGCAGCCCACAGCUAAACUCUUCCUUACAAGAGGGAUUGUUUGGGAUUGUCAGCGGAUUGUUUGGGAUUGGCAGCGGACUCGUGAGGUCUCAGGAUGCCCAGUUUUUUCAAUGGCCACAAGGCCAAACUUGGAUUGUGUGUUUGGAUGGAUUGGUUCACUGGGGUCCUCUUCUUUCCCGGCAGGAGCCGACAAACUCUCUGUGUACCUGCAGGAGGCAGAUAUGCCUAUCAUUCCUCAUGAGCAGUGUCGUUCUGAAGAGGUCCAUGGGACCCACAUUGCAGAAGACAUGUUGUGUGCUGGGUACAUGGAUGGAAGAGCUGAUGCUUGUCAGGUGAGACUAUUUUGAAUUACCGGCAGCACAGGGAGAUCUCUGGCACACAGAACAGAGCAGGCUUUGUGGUGGAGACAAGCAUUCAUGUUUGCAAAUUUAUUCAUUUAUUGCAUUUAUAUUCCACCCAUAGGAGCCAACUCCUAGGGGCCAAGGUCCCUUUAACCCCCCCCCAAUAAAAUAUUUGAGGAGCCAUUGCCGUUCAAAAGGUGUGCGUGCGCAGCAUCAUGUGAUUGACUAUGCAGGGUGGGGCUUGUACCCCUGAUCCCACCUUUUUCUCCAAGCAGUUCAAGGUGGCAUACAUCAGAAGGCAGAUACCGGCCCAUUAGGAAGGCUAAAACCUUGAAUUUAUGUUCUGUUCCUCCUACCCCCAUGCUCUUCCUAUGCUCUGCUAUUAAUCUCUGUACCUUCCCUGUUUGAAGUACCAGAGGCAUUUGUAACAAGACUGGUCUCCCUUGGAAGGUGGUGGACUCUCCUUCCUUGGAGGUUUUUAAGCAGAGAAUGAAUGGUCAUCUGUCACGGAUGUUGCAGCUGAGAUUCCUGCAUCGCAACAGUUGGACGGAUGAGCCUUGUGGUCCCUUCUAACUCUACAAUUCUAUGAUUCUAUUAUUCUAAGUGUUGAUCUCAAUAACAAAAUGUGAAGUGGGAUGCGGAUGGGUUUGAUUCUGGCCUCUGCCUAUGUAUUCACACCCCUGCUUUCUGUGUUGCAGGGAGAUUCUGGUGGACCCCUGGUGUGUGAUGAGCAAGGCAAGGCCACGCUAUAUGGCAUCAUCAGCUGGGGCACAGGCUGUGCACUGGAGAACAAGCCUGGGGUCUAUACCAGAGUCACUCACUAUCUUGACUGGAUCCAAAACCACAUGCGUUAGCAAGCCUGAGAUGGCAGUUUCACAAAGCCAAAACCUAUGCAGCUGCCUUUUGUGGGGGUGGGGGGGAUGGAUGGGGGUACAGUGUCUUUCUCUGCAGCUACUGAUCUGCUCUGUGUAUGUGUGUAAGCAUGUGUGUGUGCGUGCGUGUGCGUGUGCGCAAUUCUGCUAGACUAGACAGUGAGUAUUUCAGAGUUUUGUUUUUUUUAAAGUCAGAUAUGUCUGUGUCAUUUACCCACCAUAAAAUAAAUCAAAUUUCCAACAAAGGAAAUUUGUCAGUUGUCCAAUAUGGGUACUGUCAUUUCUGAGGAAAUGCUACCUGGGAUUUUAGUGCUACCUGACAUUGAUUGGUCCAGCUGAUUACCCCUCAUCUCCACUAAGACUGUUUUCAUGCUCUUUGUCUUGCCUUCUCCCCUGAACACUUCACAUUUCUCCUCCUCACUUCCAUCUUCCUCACAGAACACUGGCAUGUUUCUCCCACCUC